UUCUUUCUGCAUCACUUCAUUACUUUUCUCCAAGUUCUGUUUCGCUCUUUUCCUGGCCGUCGCGAGUUAGACCCUCUAAAUCUGUUUUUCUCUUCUUCUGUUCAUCAAUAAAUGAAUAAUGUUUUAAACUGAUUUAAUAUGUGUUCUUCCCAACAGCAACCAGCAGCAACCAUGAUGAAGAUAAAGACCCCAAAGAAAGGAAGAAUCAAGCGCGAGCUGGAAAAACGCGCUCCAAGACUGGUUGAAACUGGGAAGAAGACACUGAUACUCCAAGGUACAAAGACAAGCAGUGUAUUGAAUGCUGUUUUGAUGGAUUUAUAUCAUCUAAAGAGGGAGAGUGCUGUGAGAUAUACUCGCAAGAAUGAUAAUAUAAGGCCAUUUGAGAGCGGCGGCGAAACUUCUUUGGAGUUCUUUUCUACGAAAACGGACUGCAGCAUUUUUGUUUAUGGUUCCACCUCCAAGAAACGCCCUGACAAUCUGGUGCUGGGGAGAAUGUAUGAUCACCACAUAUAUGAUCUUGUAGAAGUAGGGGUUGAAAAUUUUAAAUCUAUGUCGUCAUUCACAUAUGACAAGAAACUAGCCCCACAUGUGGGUUCCAAACCUUUUAUUGCUUUUAUUGGAGAAGGAUUUGAAAGUGUAGAUGAAUUAAAACAUUUGAAGGAAGUGUUGCUUGAUCUCUUUCGGGGAGAGGUUGUAGAAAACUUGAAUCUUGCUGGUUUGGACCGGGCAUAUAUAUGUACAGCUGUAUCUUCAAAUCGGGUGGUACUUACUCACUGUGCGAUCAGGCUAAAAAAGUCUGGCACUAUUGUUCCUCGGAUCGAACUGGUAGAAGUUGGUCCUUCCAUGGAUUUGGUAGUUCGACGUCAUCGUCUUCCUAAUGAAAGCCUAAGGAAAGAAGCCAUGAAAACAGUUAAAGAUCAGCAUAAGAAGAAGAUUAAAAAUGUUAGUGCAGAUGCUAUACAAGGGAAGAUUGGAAAGAUUUAUAUUCCUGAUCAAAAGAUUGGAGAUAUGGCACUGCCCAACAAAUCAAAAGGAGUGAAGAGAGAGCGACGUGAAGCUAAGAUGAAGGAUGGGAACAAUGAAAAUGCAUCAAAAAAGCUGAAGGAAGAUUCUAAUUAAAUCGGCUUGUAGGUUGUUUCUUUACUAAUUUUCUAUCGCACUUCCUUCCGCAAAUUGUGUUUGAGGUGCUGCUCUGAUGAAAUGGAAAUCAAAAGGUAGUAUAGAUAUAAGAUGCAUGAGAUUUCUUUUUCUUUCAGUUCCUUCACUUUCUAGAUUUUUAUGUUCAUGAAAAUUUUGUAUUCACUCCGAGAAAUAUAUUAAUUUAAUGGCAAAUGCUUUAGAUUUGUAUGCUUGUGAA